GGAUUUUCAGGUUCCACAGAGUGCGUGUGUGCGUGUGUGAGUGCGUGCGUGUGUUGUCCGUGUAUGUGCGUGUGUGGGAGAGUUUGUGGCGUGUGUUUGUAAACGGUCCCAGCUCGGAUACUGUCACCGCUUUGCACCGCAGCCGGGCUCCGUGUUCCUACAUGCAAGUUACCGUCGCGGCUCCACAAUCGUUGCUCAGCAGCAAUGACUGAAAGCCCCGCGACCAAGCCAGCCAACGGGGAAGUGCGUGUGAAGAACGGACUGAAACCGGAGAGAAACGGCUUGGUGAAGAGCCUCCACCGCUGCCAUGAGCGGCAGCACAAGCACCACUGCCACCCCGACGAGGAGGAGGUCCACGCAGCAUCACACCAUGGCAGCCUGUACAAACGGCCUUUCAUCGAAUCUUUCGAAGAGACGCCCAUGCUGGUGGCGGUGCUCACCUACAUGGGCUACGGCAUCCUCACCAUCUUUGGCUACCUCCGCGACUUCCUGCGUCAGUGGAAGAUCGAAAGGUGCCACAUUGCCAGAGAGAAGGAGGAACAAAAGGACUUUGUGCCACUCUACCAGGAUUUUGAGAAUUUCUACACCAGAAACCUUUACAUGCGGAUAAGAGACAACUGGAACAGGCCCAUAUGCAGCGUCCCAGGAGCCAAGAUGGAUCUGAUGGAACGAGCCUCCCAAGACUACAACUGGACUUUUGAGUACACAGGUCGCGUAGUGCCGGAUGUGAUUAACUUGGGCUCGUAUAAUUACCUCGGCUUCGCUGAGAACACAGGUCCAUGCGCUGAGUCUGCAGCCGAGGUCACCGUGAAGUACGGUGUUGGAGUGGCCAGCACCCGGCAGGAGAUCGGUAACCUGGACAGACACGAGGAGAUGGAGAAACUGGUGGCUAAGUUCCUCGGCGUUGAAUCUGCCAUGGCGUUUGGGAUGGGCUUUGCGACCAACUCCAUGAACAUGCCGGCCUUGGCGGGCAAGGGAUGCCUGAUUCUGAGUGAUGAACUGAACCAUGCCUCUCUGGUCCUGGGAGCCAGACUCUCCGGGUCCACCAUCAGAGUCUUCAAACACAACAAUAUGCAGAGCCUUGAGAAACUGCUGAAAGAAGCCAUAGUUCACGGGCAGCCCAGGACUCACAGACCAUGGAAGAAAAUCCUCAUAGUGGUCGAGGGCAUUUACAGCAUGGAGGGCAGUAUAGUGCGCCUGCCCGAGGUGAUCGCCCUGAAGAAGCGCUACCGGGCCUACCUUUAUCUAGACGAGGCCCACAGCAUAGGAGCUCUGGGUCCAAGAGGAAGAGGUGUGGUGGAUUACUUUGGCCUCGACCCCUGUGACGUGGAUGUCAUGAUGGGCACAUUUACCAAGAGCUUUGGUGCUGCAGGGGGAUACAUCGCCGGGAAAAGGGAGCUCAUCGAGUACCUACGCUCCCAUUCCCACAGUGCGGUCUACGCCACCUCCAUGUCUCCUCCUGUGGUGGAGCAAAUCAUCACUUCUAUGAAGUGCAUUAUGGGCGAGGAUGGCACAACGAUAGGCUGUGAUCGUGUGCGGCAGCUGGCAGAGAACACAGUCUAUUUCCGCAAGAGGCUUCGAGAAAUGGGCUUCAUCAUCUACGGCAACAACGACUCUCCUGUCGUACCCAUGAUGCUCUACAUGCCCGCCAAGAUUGGAGCGUUUGGCAGGGAGAUGCUGAAGAGGAACAUCGGGGUCGUGGUCGUCGGGUUCCCUGCUACGCCCAUCAUCGAGUCCCGGGCACGCUUCUGCAUCUCAGCCGCCCACUCAAAAGACAUGCUCGACAGGGCGCUAAGUGUCAUCAGCGAGGUAGGAGACCUUCUUCAGCUCAAGUACUCCCGUCACAGAAUACAGCCGUCGUCGGCGCGGCCUUUCGACGAUAACGUGUAUGAGGACAUUGACGACUGAUGAAUCACUGCUCUGCCGACGUGAACCAGAACAACCCCUGAAAAUACACAACAGGUCAAGAUGGAUCACAGGUCUUCCAGGAGAACCAAGAUGUGCGUACGUGCCCCCUUGUCACUAGCUUUGCCAUAACAUAACCCCCCCCAACAAAAGGAAAACACUUAAAACUAUCAUCUGAUUCUACUUUGCCUUACCUAAACACACAGAACUCGUGGUAUACACACUGAAAAUAGCACUUCUGCUUUUUCCUGUGUACGUUAUUUUUUGGUAUCAUUUUUGUGUCUUACGAUUUUUACGUUUGUAUGUUUUGUGUCUGUUGUACUUGUGGAGUUCAUCACAGUUAAGCCUUGUAGUUGUGCAUGUGAAGUGGACGUCAGACGUCAGCUUUCUAAUUGUCACUCAGAUUGUGAGCUGCUGCAUUUUUUUUCAUAACGUUGAUCUAAAGUGGAUUUCAUGGGGGUGAAGUUAAACUUUUAGCCAACAAUCAAAGUUCUAUCAUCCAGUGUGUUUCAGAUCGGUGAUUAUUAGCAGAAAGGACCAGAUGUUAUAUCGUUUGCACAGGACCAACAAGUCACCAGUUUUCAGCCCCAUUAGCCUGUUUGCUAGCAAGCUGUCAUAUUCACCGAAGAUGAUUUUAAAAAGUUUCCCCGAAGCUUUUGAAGGAACGUGACUUUGCUAAUGACAUCUAGAGGUUAUACUGCUCCUUUAGCCUGACUUGACCAAACAUUUCUGACCAAAUUAGGCUUAUUUUCUUUUGCUUCCAUCAUUAGAUUUCUAGUCAAGUUUAAAAAAAACAAAUAAAACAACAUCCAAAGCAAAUUACCCAACAUCUCUCUGAGGAGACAGUAGCUGUGUUUCCAUAAUGCAUUUUUAUGCGCAUUUUGAAAUAUUGCUUUUGUCUCCUUAUUGUCAUUAGCAUGGUAUUUGCAUGAAACACGGCCAAUGCCAGCUGAUAGGAAAGAAUAAUUAAAACUUUACCAAUUAAAAACUAUUUCUGAGGACAUUUCUUAAUUUUGUCUCUCGUAGAUGGACACAGUUGUUCAGCAGUUGGCAAAAAAAAGGCUUUGUUUCGAGCUCCUUCGACACUGUUUACUACAGCCACAUAUCAUUAGCAUUUUUGCUUCAAAUUAGCUCCUCAGUUAUAAGGAAACAUGGCUGUUUUUGUUUUUUAACAAAGGAUCAGCUUAAAAUUUGGGAAAUGAACCUCAUUCACUUUCUUGCAAAAUAUUUAAAAAGAGCAAUACUACUUUCAUGUUAGCAUGUGAAAUACGAAGCAAGAGCCUGUGAGCAAUUAGCUUAGCGUAGCUUGAAGAAAAACAACCUGUAACUCCCACUAGAAGCACAACUUCUUUUUUUUUUUCAUUCCUGUUGUUUUAUGGACUAACAAAACACAAUCUAAUAUGUAAAUUACCUAAAUGUAGAGGUGCUGCACACAGACAAGUUAGCCCUUUCAUCUGGCUUCUAAUCUCAAAGCUAAGCUAACUAGCCGCUAACUGUUGCUUCGUAUUUUAAAGGGUAGUAUCAAUCUUCUCAAAUGAAUUUUAGCAACAAAGCGAAUGAGCAAAUUUAGCAAAAAUCUAACAUUUGCUUCAAUCUGAGGUGACGGUUUAAAUGUCUUAAUGCCUGCUGUUUGUGUGUUCAGAAAAGCCAUGAAAACCUUGAAGCCUUGAAAGCUCUGGGUCAGUGCCAAAUUGGAAAUGGAUCUGAGUAGAACUAAACACAUCAUUAGCCUUGUUAUUAGUGUGUAAAAUGCAAGUUGCCCCCACCCAGAGGUGCUGCAUAGCUCCAACAGUCAGAGGUUAAUGUCUUCUGAAACCAAGUGUAUGUGGCAUUAGCAGAAUCUAAAAAAAACUAUCAAGCGAACCAGUAUCCAGUCUAAAUAGAACAAAGAAACUGCUAUUUGUAGUCAAACACUCACAAAUCAACAGCAAAUUAGUCCUCAAAAAUGUUUGAUUGCAUCUUUUAUGGAGUAAUAGAGUAACCUACAUGUAUAACUCUGUUGUAUCUCUAAUCACAGUACAACUAAUGAUUGUAUUUUAGAGAAAUAACUGAAAUACAUGACUAAAUUAUAGCUUCAUUAUGUCCCUGUUUUACAAUUAUCUGCUGUCAGUGGUUUAACUAUACAAAAAAAUCACCAAUUAAAUUCAUAUUUUUAUGAAUAAUAACUUUACUAAAAAGCAACACUCUAAUUUUAACUUUUGCUGCUUUUUAAGGAGUUUGAAACAUAAUGUCGGUUAAAACUUGAAUAGGGAUAUUAUUCCUAAACGUCUGUUACACAUUGCCACCGUCAGCGGCGCCCACCAGUGGGAUUGUAUGUUUUAUAGCGACCAACUAAAUGUGUAUUUGCACCAUAUAAAGUCUUACGGAUCACCUCAGAGAAACACAAGGCCAGAAUAUUCAACAUCACAUUAGUCUUACUUCGUUUCUUUUUUAAGUCUGGCCCGGCGUAUGGCAAGCUGUUGUUCUCUGUUACUGUUUAGGAGGUCAGCGAAGCCGUGCGUUUUAGAUAGAAAACAUCUAAAUGAUCACAGCUAAACCAGACUGGAUGUGAUCCAGCAACAUUUUCUUUCACCCCCGUCAUCUCUUGGUUGCUCAUUAGUAAAAACCUCACCGCUUUGUGUCUGAUAACAUUAUUUUACUGCCUUGUGAAACAAAGUGCUACCUUCACGCUGUGACUCAGAAGUCACUAAUGACUUUAAUCAGGUGUUCUCGCUUGCAUGGUUCCAGGAUUAAACGUGUGUGUGUGUGUGUUGCUGCACUCUUGCCUCGCUUUCCUUCCAUGUACACACCUGUCUUUUGAACUCUGGGUUUAUCUUUGCAUUGUGCUACUGAGCUUUGGGACGACAACACUCCUAAUGAAGGCAGCUGUAGGAAAAGAAAAAAAAAAAGGGUAAAAAAAAGAAUCCCACAUGCAUACAUUAACCCCUGCAUGUAUGCAACACUGAUAAAUACUGUGUAACUGCUUGUUCUUCAUACUAAUGCAUGCACAGUAAGAAUUCAUCACUGAAGCUGCUCCGCACCACAGCUAGUGGUGCUCAAAGAUUUACACUGUUUGGCUAGACGUGACUUUUUUUUUUUUUUUUAACCAUUCAAGAAAGUCUGUGUAGGAAGCAUUUUGUUUGAUUCUUUUCAUAUAAAUGUUUAUCUGUUACUGUAAAUGGGAGGUGCUUGUAUAAUAUGUCUAAAUUUAUUCCUUUCUGUUUAAAAACCCUCCGAACUCGGAUCGCAGGUGAUUGUUCUGCUACCGUAGUUACAAUAAUGCUUUUGCAGAUGCAGAAUGUAUUGUUCUUUUUUUUUUUGUAUUUUUGUGUAAGUUUUCGCACAGGAAAGUCGUCAGAUGAUACUCAAAACGAGCAUUUAGAAGGCGUUUUAAUCAAAAAGUAAUUACGCAGAACCCCGAGACCUGAUGGCCUGAUUGCUUAAUGAUGCGGUUCUAAAUAUAAAAACCAGACCUCGACGGCACCCUUCAGGAUUAUUAGUACACAGUUCUGACGGUGGGAACUGCGGCGAGUUCUUUUAAUGAUCCCAACCGUUGAAUCUACUCGAGACGAAUAACAGCAGAAUAACCUUCAUGCCUUUGUGGGUGUAAAACGGCAUGAAACGCUACAGCGAGGAUGGCCCAACUGUUUUGUACCAAGUUUCUAUCGGUUCAUUGACAAGUACCUGUUUGGGAUAUUUUGUUUAUCGUGGGUAGUGACGUCGCGGGAAGUGCGAGCGAGUGCAAGUUACCACACAUCAGAGACAAUUAUUUUCUGAUAUACAGUAGUGCCUUUUGAAGCAAAUGAUUUUCUAAGAAUUCUGAUGAUAGUAAGUGUCAUAACUGGGAUUGUUCACCUUUGAAAGUCUUAUUUGACCUCUUAUACUACUUACUUAUAAUUAGCACUGGGUGUGUUGUCUAUGUUGACUAAUUGCCAUGCAUUUGAUCAUAGAAAAUGCACUAUUUGCAACAUAUCAGCAGAAUAUUAAUAUGUAAAGUGUCACCCAUGUCGGUUAUAUCAGUAGAUCAUUAAAAUAAUAAAAAACAAAGCUAUUUCAAAGUC